UUUGCGCAUGCUUAGUGCAUACCAGUUACCUAAUUAUUAUUGUUUAUUAAUCGCCAAUUGGUACUCGAGGAAUAGUUAUUCCAGUUGUUCAGAUUUUUGCGCCAUCCGAAUGUCUGUCGAAAACAUUUAGAUAUAUAAAUGUAUAUUACAUUCAGUAAGAGUUUCUAAUGUUGUAUAUUUGAUUAUUAGUUCAUUAUUUAAAAUAUCAAAUUAUGAAUAAAAGUAAAGCAGCAUACAUUUGGGAGCAAGAUUUAAUAGAAUGCUGCGAUCGGCUACCAGCAGUACUCGGUCGAGCUUCCAUGGUUCACAGUCUUAUAACGGCGUAUGGUCUUUUGGAUCACACAAAAGUAGUUCGAUCUCAAUCAGCUAGUUACACUGAAUUGAAACUCUUUCAUUCAGAAUUAUAUUUGGAUCAUUUGAAAAAAAUCUCUCAAAUAGAAGACGACUACGUAACUACUGCUGAAGAUGAAAAAUUUGGCUUAGGGUAUGACUGUCCUCCCGUGUCUGAUAUGUAUAACAUUGUUUCCACGAUAGCAGGAGGUUCCCUAACUGCUGCUAAAUGUCUUGUAAUGAAUUUAGCAGAUGUAGCUAUAAACUGGUGUGGAGGAUGGCAUCACGCUAAUAAAUAUGGGGCAGAAGGGUUCUGUUAUGUAAAUGAUAUAGUUAUUGCUAUUGAAAUACUUAGGACAAAAUUUUCAAAAAUACUUUAUAUAGAUUUGGAUGUUCAUCAUGGAAAUGGAGUUCAAGAUGCUUACAAUUUAAGUAAAUCUGUAUUCACUUUGUCAUUGCACAAAUAUGAACCAGGUUUUUAUCCUGGUAGCGGCAGUAUUGAGGACAUAGGCAGAUUAAAUGGCAAAGGCUAUGCUUGUAAUUUACCUCUCAAUGCCUUAUAUUCCGAUGAUACAUUUGUAUUUGCUUUUGAUAGUGCAUUUACUAUGAUAUAUUCAUAUUUUUUGCCUGAUGCAAUAGUAGUGCAAUGUGGUGCUGAUGCUCUUGCUAGGGAUCCACAUGGAGGUGCAGGACUUACUUUGGAUGGAUACUGUUUAUGUAUUAAUAAAGUUCUUAAUGUAAAGAAACCUACAAUGCUCCUAGGAGGAGGAGGAUAUAACCAUUCUAAUGCAUCCAGAUUGUGGACAUCAAUCACUGCCUUAGUUGCAGAAGUGGAAUUAGAUGAUAAUAUUCCUGAACACAGUUUUUGGCCCAAAUAUGGUAGUGAUUAUACAUUAAAAGUACAGCCAUUAUUGACCAAAGAUCUUAAUUCAAAAAAAUAUAUUCAUGAAUGUAUCACUACUAUAAAAGAGAGUUUAUAUAGGUAUUUAAGUCCUCAUAAUGAAGAUGAAAACAAAGAGCCAAAUAUAAAACGAAGAAAAACAGAAUUAGAUAAUGAUAACUCAAAUAAAGCAAAAGGAAAUUCCAUAUUUAAAAAACAAAUACUUUUAAAAAUUGAUCAAAAUGGAAAGGGUUCUAAAACAACAAAUUGUGAUAAUAAAAAUGCUAAUUCCAUUGAUGUGUAUGACUUCAUUGAUUAAAAGAUUGAAGUUAAUUUUUGUAAAUAUUGGAUAUUAGGCUUACUAAAAAUUAUAAAAUGAUAAAUGAAAAUAAUAUAUAUAUUUCAAAUUCUCAUACUGAAUACUCAGUAACUUCAUGUUACAUUGAUUUGAAUGAGGAAAACGAAUAAACUGGCAACAAUUUAUAAAUAACUUGCAUGUUAUAUUAAAUAACAAUCUUAAAGUUGUUAAAAUACAGCUAUUGAUAUUUAAUAGAUUAGAAGUCACAAGUCUAUUAAUUCAACAAGUUCUAGUAAAACACUAAAAGCAAGACCAUUUGCAAAAUAAUCUAUAAUACAAUCGUUUUAAAUGUUUUCAUGUUAUCCUUUUAUAUAGACACAUCCUAAAUAUUUCUGGAACA